AUGAAAAAAGGAAAAUAUGGUACAGAUUACUAUACAUUUAGCUUCCAAACAUCUCCAGAUAAGUUUGCUAAAGUCAUCGGCUUUGACCAGAAAACCCACCAGCACUUUAUUCACUUUGAGAAAACAAAGUCACCUUCUAAAAUAUUGAGUGCCAGGGAAGAUGAUGGCCAAAUCUUCAUAAACCAGUACACCUCACUCAUUAAAGCUAAUUCAAGUGAUGUCAAUUUUGAUCCAUGCAAAGAGCAUUCUCCUGCAGGCACUUCAUCAUCAGCCAACCUCCUUGACUCAUCUGCCACAGAUAUUACAUUACAACAGCUUGACAAACUAACACGAAACCAAAGAGUGAACGUAAAGGCAACCUUAACAAUGGGUUCUUUGGAGCCAAAAGAACUUGUCAAAAGAAAUGGUUCAAAAGGGAGGGUAAAAGAAGACUGUGUUCUCGAAGACAAAACAGGCAGUACCAUCAUCCAUCUUUGGGAUGACACUAUUACAGCGUUGACCACUGGACAAAGCUAUGACAUAAAGAAUCUCAGUGUCAAAAACUUCAAUGGGAAGACGCACCUUGGAACAACAACAGAAACCACGUUCACUCCGAUAGAUACCCUACUGAAAGACAUAAAAGGAAAAGGGUUGUUAACCAACAUUAAAAAGACAAUAACAGUAGAGGAAUUUAAAUUCACAGAUAAAGUAAACACCUUCAUGGUUUGUCAGAUUCCAAACUGCAAAAAGAAAAUGCCAUAUGCUGUUGAUUGCAAAGUCAUUACUUGUGCUAGUUGUGGCACCUGUCAAAAUGUCAAAGCAUGUGAAAAGGGCAUGUCUGCACAUUUAUGUGCACAAAUCGAUGGUAAAGAUGUCUGGCUGACAGCCUUUACGGACGUCAUGAAAAUGUUGAUCAACAAAGUAGAUCUGUCAUGCAACAACACAACAGAUGAACUCAAAGAAGGACUACUUAACCUGGAAAAUGUGAAAUUACUAAUAGAUUCUACAUCAAACUUUAUACUGGAUGUUUUAGAAUACACCCGUCCACAUUAAUUGAAACUUUUGUUACAACAAAGAUCAGUAGCACGAUCCAGGGUGGCAAAGCAUGUUUACGAAAACCAUAUUGAGCAAAAAAAUAUAUAUUUCAAACAAAACACUUUAAAACUUAUAUAUCCUGUUAGAUAUAGUUAACCUCUUUGUAUUAAACCAAAAAUCGUGGUAAUAGAGGAAGAAUUUAUUUUUUUAUGGAUUUUAGUAUUCAGAAAAGUGAGGCGAAUUCUUAUGUAACGCGUAACAUAAUCUGACAAAGCAUCAAACAUAUUCAAAAAUUUCUUACUUAAAAAUUUAAAAUUUCAAAAUAAUUUUGACUUAGAAAUACACUAGAAACAUAGACUUUUCAAUAAAAUAGUUAAAAUUGGAACACUGAAUUGUAAUAUUCGCGCUACGAAACAAUUUUCUCGGCGACCGAACAUGUAACGCUGUUUAUACAAUAUUGUACUAUACUUCAUAGUCACCAAGAUUUUGUCGCAAAAAAAGCUCAAAUCAGUUUAAAAAAAUACAUACAAUAAUUCUCAGAUGAUUUAUUUUCUGUAUACAAAUUUUUAUUCCAUUUAAUUCAAAGACAGCGUAAAAAAUCCAAAAAGUCUGAAUCGCGAACACAUAAAAUGCAUAGAAAAUUUACCUUAAAAUUAUUUAUCCUCAUCUCCAAAAAGGUCUGUGAUAGCCGCGCUUAAAAUGAAAUUGCUCUUCAACUAGCAGAUCUGUCAUUCUCAAAUUCUAAACUUUCUAUCGGUACCAAAUGUUCACGAAUCUAACUCAAUUUAACAUCUAAAUUUAUGUCUUUUUUGAAUCGCGAACAUAUUCGAUCUUGGAACAGUAUUGUUUGCAUUGGUGUAUCAGUUUACACGCGCAAAAUAGUGGCAGUUUUAGAAAUCUUCGCAUCUAAACUUCGCUUCUUCCUCGCUUACAACAACCUUGUACAUUACAUCUAGAGGGGGUAUACAACAAUUAAUUGAUAUACACCCAUGAACAAACGAUCGUUUGAGACUGGAAAUUACUAGAGAACGUGACUUCCCUAGCGUGACUUCUUCCGUCGAGAAUUUACACGCUUCGCUUGCGAAAUAUUCAAUGGAAAACAAAAAAUAUUCUGCUGAUCAAUGGAGAAAAAAAAAAGAAGAAAAAGCUUAAACAACAAAGGGAAUACUAUGAAAGAAACAAAGAAGUUCUUGCACAAAAAGCAAGAGAAAGAAUGCGCUUGCUUCGAAGAAGCAAAAAAAAAACGCGACAGUCGCCGCAGUGAAAACACGCACAUCUGCACAAAAGGCUGAUGACAAAAGAGCCAACCGUGAGCGGAAUGCUGCAUCAGCUACCAAGAAGAAGGUUUUGAAGCAAAGAGAAAAAAGAGAGGGAAGAGAAAAAGCGACAGCAAACUCGAGAAAGGGUUCGAAAACUUCGUCAGAAUAGAAAAGAGUCAUCAUUUGCGCAACCGAAACCUGAAGUCAACAUCACCACACCAGCUUUUAGUUCAAGGAUGGCAAAAAAAAAACGUGCAAAGGACAAGGUGUCCCCUGCCUUACCUCAAACCCCCGCAAAAAAGGCUGAAAUUCUUCAAAACCUUGCAAGUACUCCUCGCACAAGGAAGAUUCUUGAAAAAAAGAAGUUCGUGAGACCAGUUGAGGAGCAACAAAAUAUCGAAGCAAUGGAGUGUUUGGUAGAAGAUUUGGCAGAAGGAUUGUCCAAAGUCAAAAAAGCUAAGUCGACUGAUGAAAGAGCAGCUUAUAACUGUACGCGCUCUUUGGCUUUUGGAUCUUCUGUCAAAAAAAACAAGCACCAAACACGGAUUGCCAAGAUGAUGGGAGUAAAAAGAAGCCAGGUGUCCAAAGCUAUCAAACAUAGAGAAAGAGUUUUGAAGGGUGAUGAGGCCUGCUGGUUGAGCACAAAAAGAAAUGUCAGGUGUGACGCGAUUAAAGAAGAAGAUAAGCGUGUUAUCUACGAUUUUUGGACCCUACAAGCAAGUCGACCCACUGGAUCCAAAAGAGACAAGAUGCGGCAACGAAUUGGCAAAAAGGAGUAUGUGGAGCACGCAAAGCAUAUCCUUGAAAAGACUCAAACAGAGUGUUUCAAAGAAUUCCAGGAGCUACAUCCCGACAUAAAAGUGAAACAACGAAGAUUUGAGCAGUUGAAGCCUUUCUUUGUUACUGGAGCUAGAGAGAGAGAUAGACAAUCUUGCUUGUGUAGGAAGCAUGUAGAAUGCAAAAUUGUAUUUGAUUCUUGCAUGAAAUAUCGAAAAUCCAUACAAAAUAAUGAAGUUCAAGCCUUUAAUUUUCUCACUGAAGCUGUGGAAUCCACAUUGUGUGAAAAGCCAGAAGACUCCAGCUAUUCCUCUCUAGACUGCCUGACAAGGAGCUGUGACAAGUGUGGGGUGAAGAACUUCAAGACAGCAGCUGAAGAAAUGUCUGAAACUGAAGUCAAGUGGAAACGAUAUGAAUACAUAACGUACAAAGAUAACAAUGGCGAGGAAAAAAGGAAAAUCCACUUGGUCCAAAAAGAAACUCCUGUCAAAGAGAUGUUUGACUAUUUCCAGCAACUCCUGAAAGAUUAUCCCUACCAUUCAUUUAUGGCCAAAUGGCAAAAAAGAACAGUUUGAUCAUUUAAUGACAAACCUGCCUCUCAACCAUAUCAUCUGUGUGCAUGAUUUUUCUGAGAAUUACACUUGCAGAUCACAAGAUGAAAUUCAAUCAGAGUAUUUCGAUCCUGUGAAAGUCAGCAUUCAUGUGUCAAUUGUCUAUCGCCAUGCUGAUAUUGACAUUGAUGGCAAAGCAAGUACAGAACAAGACCCUGUCCUCAUCAAAGAGCACAUCUUUGCCCUUUCAGAAGACAACACUCAAGACUACCAUUUUGUACACCACACCCAAGGCCUAAUACUGACGUACCUUAGGAAUGAGGUCAAAGUGAAAGUAGACAAAGUUCAUGAAUUCACUGAUGGGUGUGCUGGACAAUACAAAUCUAAGCACACUUUUGGUGAUUUGUCAUGUUCUUUGUCUGACUUUGGGUGUCAGGUGGACCGGCAUUUCUUUGAAACCUCUCAUGCAAAAGGAGAGCAAGAUGCAGCAGGUGCUAAUGUCAAACAACGUGCUACUCUUGCUGUGAUUCGAAGAGAAGCAUCCAUCAAGUCUGCAAAGGAGCUCUAUGAGUAUCUGAAGGACAAGUUCUCUUUGCCAUCUUCAACCAACAGCAAAACCACCUUAAACAAGAGAGUAUACUUCUACAUUCCACUAAAUGGAGAAGGAGCUGUUGACAGAAACAGAAUUGGCCGCACUUUUAAAGAGCUAAAAGGGAUUAGAAAAAUCCACUCUGUAAAAACAACUUCUCAGCAAUGUAAGGUGAAGACAAGGCUAAGAAGCUGUAUGUGCAUUGGUUGUUUAACUGACAUGGACUGUGAAAAUGAGGAGUAUGUUGAUAAGUGGAGAGAGGUUGAGAUGUCAAGAGAAGGAGAUGUUGCAGUCACAAGGCAGAAUCAAGACUCAGUCAAUGUCAGUAAAACAGUCAAUGCACUCACUGAUCUUGUUGAAGAAGGAAGUACUGUCGCCAUUGCAGCAGCUGAUGACGCCAUAUAUGAUUACUACCUCUUCAAAGUUACAAGCAGUGGUGCCAUAAUUUUGGGUGAAGAUGAAGUUGAUGACUAUAGUGCUGCUUAUCAGAAAGGUUCCUUUGUCUUCAAGGGUAACUUUUUCCUAAGGGACAAUAUUAUAGACAUGACCUACAAGCUUGACAAUAAACAAGCUAUUGUGUAUGCAAACACUGUCAGGACUAUCUGUGGAGAACUCAAGAAAUUAAAUAGGCGUAGAAAUGUAUUAUUCCAGCUUUUACCCAACCAGCAUGAGGAAAUUAUGUCUUUUUUUAGUUAUGUAAAUAAAACUGUGUUAUUUCUAAACAGAAUCGUGAAUUUAAGCCUGCAAAUGUGUAAAUAGAAUAUAUGACCACGCCUGCUAUGCAUUCUGGGUAUUAAGUAAUGAGGAUAAUUUAACAGAUAACAUCAAAUAUUUUCUCAAAAAGUAGUUCUUACAAUAAAAGUUUAUGAAUAAUCUAUGUUUUGAUGAUUUUUUGGUAAUUUUAUGAAGUUGCUAGUUUUUCCCUAAUGUUACGCAUUUGUACCCCUGGAUCUUGCAACUGAUCAAAACUAAUGUUUAUGUUGGACUUUAAAGAGCCCAUUGACAUUUGCAGUUCUCGAAACUUAUUACAGUAAUACAUUUGUCAAUAAUUCAUUAGAACCCAUUUACAUUCCUUGAAACUUUCAUUUCAAUGAAACUUAUGUUCAAUGUUGGACAUUUUACAACCCACUGGCAUUUGAAGUUUUACAAACCUUUAUUAAAUGAAACUUAUGGUUAUAAUCGAUUAAGACCCGUUGACGUUGCAGUUAUUCAAACUUUUUGACACUAAAAUGUAUGUUCAACUUUUUGGAAACAAUUGACAUUUGCAGUUCUCAAAACUUUUAUUACAAUAACAUUAUGUUACUACUGGAUUAGAACCCGUUCAUGUUUGCAGUUCUUAAAACCUUUAUUACAGUAAAUCUUAUGUUGAUGUUUCUACUUUUCAAUAAAUAUUGUGUUCUACCAAAAAAUUAUGUCACUUAUUCAGCAGCAACUCAACAACAUGUAGACGACUUCAGGCAAAAUACAGACUUGUACCCAGUCAUUACUUUUGCACUCUGGAAGUCCGCGUGCCCAUAUCUCUUGGCGCGCUCCCUAUAAGCAAAUGGUGAGAAGAGACUGGGUACAAGUCUGCCCAAAAUAUCUAUAAAGGUAGACGUGUAUUUUGCACUUUCAAAAUACACAUGGUCACAUUACUAAUUCUCUGCCCAUUCCCAACAUCUUGAACAAAAGCUAUUCAAUUGCAUUCAGGCCCGCACUUUCUAACCUGUGGUUACUACUAGUUUAUAUUGCACUAUGCCACUGUUUCCUUCAUCAUUUUAUAAUCUCUUUAACCAGCCAGGAUCUCUUACAACAUUUGCAAGUGUCUUUGUUGUCCUUUAUUUUGUUUUCUCAUUGGUCAAUUUCUUUAAGUAUGAUUGUAGAGCCUUGAUAUUUGUUAUUUUAUUAAGCAACCACUUUAAAUGUUCAUUUUGCUCCAAUUUUUACACUUGCUUCAAUACUUUAGUAUAUUUCAUUUAUCAAAGAAUAAUUAGGUGUGUGUGAUGAACAAGUAUGAGUGAUUUUGGCCCCAAUAUUUCAUUGAAAUGUUGCAAAUUUGUUUGAGAAAAGUAAAUUUAGAAACCAUUGGAGACAAAUGGAAGGCAACUGUUUAGAAUUUUUUGAAGCCCCACAAGGUGUAUUAAGACAGAGGCAGUGUACUGAAAAAGGAAAGACCUUCAUUUCCCACAUUUGAUGGAAAAAUUGUUAGGCUAUCGGAAGGAGAAUUACUUGGCAGAUUAACCAGAUGGAAUCUUUGAUAUGCAUUGAAGAAAAUGUGGAUGUCAUUGAAAACAAGCUCAGCGAAGUUUGUAGCACCAUGGAGAAGCUUUAAAGAUGUGUUGCUGUACUGUUGGACAAUCUUGAAAGUGAAAUUGAUCAAAGUGUAGCUAGUGACUGGUAUACCAAACAGAGUGACAGAAUCAAUGAUUUCACCAAGAAAAUGGUACAAUGGACUGAACAUGCAAAAGAAGCUCCAGAGAAUGUGAGAGAGGAUUCAAGCCAUCAACCUAAACUUUCCCCAGAGGUCUUUCAUUCUCAGCCAUCUUCAAUUUCUGGGUCUUCUUUCAUGUAGUUUUAAGUACAUACACCACUUUAAGAAUACCUUCAAAAACUGCCACGGGUGUCAGCUCUAAUCCAGAUUAUUAUGACCAACCUAGAGUACCUCCUAAGCCAAUGCAGCAACAUCUCAGCUUGAAUCCAUUUGCCUCUGAGUUUUCCAGCUCUGAUGCGUGGCCAAAUACAAUGCCAAUGGAGUUUUAUGAUGCACUUCAUUAG